AUGAACGCUAUGAGCAUAAGGGUGGAUGCCACCAGAUUACAGCAAUUCCAAGGCAAAGUGGUUCGGGUGAUGGGACGAUGUGAAUUGUUCAACACCAACGACAUGAGAGGCAAGCUUGAAAGUAACGGGCCAAUCCCCAUCAAGUCGCCAUCACAAAUAUUGGAAGCCGGUAAGAACUAUGAGAUCAUUGGAAGAAUUGGGUCUGGAGAUGAUUUGACGGUUCAGGUUUAUACCAUGACAGAAUUGAGUGAUGAUUUUAAUUUGGAGGUGGCUAAGAAGUUGGUUGAUUUUGUUCAUAAAGUCCCAGAGUUAUUCUACACCACAUAG